ACUUUAACAUGACAGAUUUUGCAGAUCUCGGAGCUCACUGUGCGGAGCCGUACUGUCACCAACAGGAUUUCCUCCCCUUUGAAUGCGAUCGAUGUCAUAAAGAGUUUUGCCUUGACCAUAGAACGUACGAGGCACACAACUGUCCCUAUCUCGAUUCAGCCUCGUAUAAUAAACAACAAGUUAUCAUCUGUCCACUGUGCAGGUCUUCAGUGCACUUGUUGCCUGGCGAGACGGAAAACGCUGCGUUCGAGCGGCAUUCAAAUUCAUCAGCGUGUAAGCCGGAAGACUACAGCAAGCCGCGACUGCAGAAAUGCCCUGUAGAGGGUUGUCGAGAACGUUUGACGGAAGUCAACUCUUACCAGUGUCCUGAAUGCCAUGUUAAAGUGUGUCUGAAGCACCGAUAUGAGGACGUUCACCCUUGCAAAGAGUGGAAAACACGAGGGCUCAGUAGAGCAUCGUAUCGGGGGCCUUCUGGUAAGGCCGUGAAGAAAAGUCCAGUAGUGGGUGGUAACUCUACGAAGGUUGCUGGUGGUCAUGGAAAUAGAGCUGAUCAGUGGCGCUGUCGGAAAUGUUCCUUGAUUAACAAUGGUGAUGUUACGACUUGCGUUGCAUGCGGGUAUACACCAGUGGGACGACAGAACUGCGCUGUACAAUGAGCAAGUACCGAGAUGAAAAUCGUCGUUACCAUCACGGAGGAGUAAAAUACCAUUUGUGUUGCUGUUGUUACAAGUAGCACAGUUUUAGAUAAUUUCUGUAUUUACUUCUGCAAAAUUUACUACCAAAUACUCGUUACUUUGCCGUCCCUCACACUCUACAGGUAAAACGCCUUCGACGUGAGUGUUGAUACUACAGUUGAAGUUGCUGUU